CAAUGCAGUUCGGAACAUCUGCCCAUGCGUAAAAGUGCAUUAUACUAAACAGAAGCCAUUAUUUUACACAUGAGUAAAAUAAAUGCGCUAACCACAGGAAUUAUAAUGAAAGCCGGAUAUACAUGUGCGCUCAUCCUUUCGUUAUAAUAACGCAUAUAAUAAGUAUUAGAGUUUGUUAUGUGGACGUAUACGCUCACAGUCGUAGGGCUUUUAAGGGUCGGGUUUUGCCAAAGUUUGGAGCCGAGCCCGUGUACGUUGCAUGAGACAAAUUUAAAGAUAGUUGAACGACUAGCUGUCCUUGAAACGAAGGUGUCUAGACAACAAGAUAUAAUCAAUGAUUUGGUUAACAUUGUUGUAAGGCAAUGGGGAUCUUGGUCGGAGUGGGGCGCAUGCGCAUUCAAGUGUAGUGGAAGUGACGUAGAUAAUGGACGCACCCAAACCAGAACGAGGCUUUUAGUGGAAGACAAUAUCGUCUUGCAAAAUGAAACCGAGCGACGGCCGUGUAACGCUGUUUUAUAUAUAGGUUGUGAGACGUCGACUGGUCCGGACGACCAGUACGGUAUUGCUUAUGACUACCGUGACCAGAUGGCUCAGGCGACAUGCACCGCGCUAUUGGACACCACCAGUGCGCAUGUGUAUGCCGUCAGACGCACCUGCUCCAACUUGACCGUGCCGUGUGCAGAAGUCUGUUCAAGUCUAAGCUUGACUUGUUUUAACUCUCUACAUGUGUACACUCCCCAAACUUCGCUACCAUGGGGCGUUACUGGACAGCAAAGUGCCCAUACUUAUCGGUACAACGGCUGCGAAGGAUCCUUCUGUGGACCGAACUUCUGCUGCUGCCGCUCGUAACUGAAUAGGACUGCAUCAAUUUUAUACAGUUUUUUACUUAUUAUCGUCCAUAUCAUGAUCAGCAUAUUUGACAACUAAUUAAUUAUUAAUUAUUUGUAAAACCUGCUUAAUUAUAUAAUUAUUGUAUGUACGAUACUUGUUGACAUGAGUUAUUUUGACUAAUCAAUGUAUUUCUCAUAAUCUUUAAGAUUUAACUUACUGUGUUCGCGUUUAUUUUACAACGCCUUUUACAUCAUCACGGGCAUCCGCCUUGUUAUGUUAUGGCUCAUAAUGCGAAUACAGAAUCUUACCCUU